UUAAGUCUGAGAGUACCCGGAUGUGGAGACUAUUUACUGCGACCCAUCCGCCUCAUUUUGAGUUCAACUUCAGACAGUUUCAUCUGCUAUUAAUGGCGAUUGUGGUUCUGUCAAGCAGUAUCAUCACAUAUGCUAAAGAGAACAUUCAUAUCCGGGACUUUUUAUUCCCCAAUAUCACGAACGAAGGAGAGCAAAUUCAAGUGACAUGCGGACUAACGAGAAAUGUUGAAGAAGUGGAAUUUUCAUGGGUGAAAGACGGGAUGCCUCUGCUACCAGACAGCCACCGAGAUAUUAUCAACCUGAAAACGUUUACAGUUCUUGUAAUUAAGGCAGCAAUUCCAGAAGAUUCAGGAAAUUACACCUGCAUGGCCACAACUUCCACGUCCAAACAACAAUUCACGGCGAUGCUCUUGGUUCAAGGGCCACCGAAAUGGCAACAGCGCCCUCUAGAUAAAGUAGUCAGCGCAAAAAAUAGUGUGACGUUCUUUUGCAGUGCUUAUGGAUAUCCUCAGCCAAAAGUCCUAUGGAGAAAAGCUGAUGAGAAAUCCAACAACAAACGUUGGACAGUGAGCGUUGAUGGAUCACUGACUAUUGAGGAGACGACCAAAGAUGAUGGUGGACGAUAUGCUUGUAAUGCUUCCAAUGGAAUCGAUCCAGAUUUAAUCCAAACAGUUCUGCUCACAGUCUUAGGUAUGGACUGAGCAGUACAGACUUUUAUGUAUAGUUUAAUGUCUUUGAAGAGUUUAAAAGU